AUGCCUCCAUUAGAAGAUAUAUUUAUCCAAACAAUCAUUAGUUAUAUUAAUCAAUUACAAACAGUAAAAAAGAUACUUCAAGUCAGUAAAAGAAUACAAAGAAUUAUUAAAACAAUGAAAAGUAAUCCAUAUUUUAUGUGUUCAGCAGAAGAAAAAGGAGUUAGGGCAUUUCAUAUUCAAAAUAUACUUAACAUUUUUUCUGGUAUAGAAACACUUCAAAUAACUCCUGAAGAUCUUAUUCUUGAUUUUAAUCAAUGGGAAAUUAAUACCAUUAAUAUAUCAAUUACAUCUGGUGAAAUUAUUUCUUCUAUUCCAUUUAAAAAACUUAUAUCAUAUGUAGGAACUACAGAUGAAUUUCUUAAACAAACUAACAAACAAACAACAUUUCCAUUAGAAAGACUUUAUAUUAUUCAACCAGAGAAUAUUGAUGUAAAUGCUUUAAAUUGUUUGAUUUUAUUUCCAUCUCUUAGAUUUGUUGAAUUUUGUUUAAUUGAAGAAAAGCAAAAUUCAAUAUUUUUUACCAAUGAAUUAAUCUGUUCUUUGUUAAAAAAGAAUAUUAAAGUUAUUAUUAAUCAUCCUGAAAUGAAUGAAAAUUCAAUUCACAUUCGUUCAUUAUUACCAAAUAAUGUUUAUAAUAUAUAUUCUAAUGUAUUUCCAUUUGGCUCUUUUAAUAAUGAACUUGUUGUAAUUUCUCCACAACAAACUGAUUUAUUUCAUAUUUAUAAUCCAAUAACAAAUGUUUUUAAUAAUAAAUUAUAUAAAAAAUUGUAUUAUCCAUAUUUAUACGAAGGUGAAUAUAAUAUAUUCUUAUCUCAAUUAGAUUCUUUACAGUUAAUAGAAUUAAAAAAAUCAAAUAAUACUUCUCUUUUAUUUCCUUCUAGUUUAAAAGAAUUACAUAUUUAUUUUACAAAUACCAAAAAUUAUCUAUACGAAAAUGAAUCAGAAUUAUCGUUAUUAACAACACUUAAAAUUAAAGAAUAUAAUAAAAAAACUUUAAUUCCUUUAAAUAUUCAAAAAUUAGUUAUUGACAAAUUAACAUCAAAAUUUCAAGUAACUCUUCCUCAACUUACUAAAUUAUCUAUUCAUAAAACAAAUUUUAAAAAAUUAAUUCUUAAUUCUACAAUUAAAUAUUUAAAACUUGACUAUUAUUAUAAUAACAUGUCUCUCCCUCAUUCAGUUAAAACACUUCAGUUGUAUUCUUGUGAUGAACUUCUUUCUACUAAAAAAAUUGAAAAAUUAAUACUUCUUAAUACUGAUAACACAAAUAUGUCUCUUCUUCCUCUUUGUUUAAAAAAUAUUUCUUUAUAUAAUGUUAAAAAAAUUAAUUUAACUCGACUGGAAAGUCUUGAAGAAGUUUAUUUAAAUUUAAUUUCAUUUAAUGGGUUCUUUGAUUUUAAAAAUAUUAAACUUCCUCCAAAUAUUAAAAAAUUAAUAUUAGAAUUUACUGGUAAAAUAGGAGAUGCUGAUCCACAAAAUAUUAUAGAUAAAGCUAAAUUAUAUUUUUCUCUUAUACCUAAUGUACAAAUGCUCGGAGAAUUCUUUGAAUAA